GCUUCGCGUCAGUGCGAUACGUAGAACGGGACCGCGCGGAGCAGAUCCGCCCGUCGUCCCCUCCCCCCUUCCCUUCCAUCCAAUUAUAUCCAGGCGAGAUCCCCGAGCGACGACGCAUUUCAAUCCGAGUCAGCCUUCGUCGUGGAGCGCGAAGACUUCCGCAGACGAACCGUCGACGCAGAAGAGAAGAGGAAGAAGAAGCGGAGCGCCGAGGCGACGGCGUCACCGUCGUGGAAAAAGCAAGCGGGGAAAGCGGAGCGAUCCCUUUGUUCGGCGCGAGCGGUCUGCGCGUACACACGGACUCUGACAGAGAGUUGGCGCACGACGACGGCGCAGCAUUGUUUGUUGUGUUGUGUCGCGCUGUUGUCGUCGUUUACCCCGGUCGACUCCGUUCUCAAACGUCGUCGCCGCGGACCGUCAUCCUCCGGGGGAAAGAGCGCUCGUCGUCGUGACCGUCGCCGUGAUCGCCGAUGAACGGCGGUGUCGCUCGAAUCGAGGAGAGGAAGCGAGCGAGCGAGAAGAAGAGAGCGCGGCAGCGGCGGCGGCGGCGGUGGCGUAACGCGGCGCGCGAGUGCUUUGUUUUGCCGAGCAGCUGAUCCGACGCGACGCGACGGCAGCAGCAGCUACGCUCGCGACGACGACGACGACGACGACGAAGACGGGAUAGGAGAGACCGCGGCGGCGUCCUCCGCCCCAGGACUCGUCGCGACGACGACGACGACGACGACGAUUGGCGACUCCGCUGCCGAAUCGAUCGCCGCUUCGCGUCGCCGGAGGAUUUUCGAGCGUCGAGGCCAGCAGCUCUGACGUAGCGGACACCUCGGGGUGAAUCGAUCUCCGCGAUCGGCGAAGGGGGGAACAGUGGUGAUCGGUAGUGGUGAGCCGGACGAACGGACGGAGAGGAUCCUCCAGGUCCCUCGGGCGGACUGUGAUACAUAUGAGUGUUUAAAUCCCCGGACCUCGCUCGCUCGAUGACGUGAACCGGACAGCUGCAUCGCGCGCGGGGAUUAUGACAUAAGGGGGAAGGACAGAGAGAGGGAGAGAAGAGAGAAAGAGAGUGAGAGAGAGAGAGGGGAGCGCAUUUUCGAGCGGGUGAACGUUCGUUCGAUCGCUCGCUCGCUCGCUCGGCGACUGACUUUCCCCGCGGAGACAAAGGAAACGACGAGCGACGCAUCGCGCGCGCGCGCGCGCGCUCGCGCGCCUCUACCUCGAAGACGCUCCGACGUCGUCCCCCGAUUCCGUUGUGCUCCUCUCACCUCCGUGGCCGAGAGACCACCCGGUUCUCUCUCUCUCUCGCGCGCGCGCGCGAGAGACACGCAGGUGAUAUCUGGAUGAUACUCUGCGAAAACGCGGCGCGAGACCAACACCCAGCGGCCCCGUCCCAGCGGGAUCGACGCCGAGGAUCGCGUUGAUCGAUGCGGCAUAGUCACGGUGGGGCCGUCCUCGCGAACGACCGAGAACGUGGGGUACGGCCCCGAUCGAGCUGACUAAGGGAAACCGUCCGUGCCGAGGGCCAAUCCUGCCGGAUAGGGCCCACGGUGGGAAGAGAAGGAGAGAGAGAGAAAGAGAGAGAGAGAGAGAGAUCCUUGACGGAGAGGCCGUUUUAAAAGUUCUACCCUUGUCGUUGUGUCGCCAUAAGGCGCCCAACCACCGGACGCAACAUGCUGUACAUCUUUCACGUUGACACCGGCAGCACCAUCACCUUCGACAUCAAUCUGGCACUGCAAAGUGUCAGUCAGCUGAUGGAGGCGAUCGAGAGGGAAUGUGGUGUAGUAGCGGCGCAUCAGGUGCUGCUUAUGAGCGGAGGCGAGUGCUUGGAACCGACUCAACGUGUGUGCUCGUACUCGGCUGGAACCGACACGAAUCCGAUUUAUCUGUUCAGCAAGGCCGCCAUUGAAAGCAGCCUACCGCCCACGCCGAAUAUAGAUUACGGUUCCGAUGUUGAUCUGCAAACUCAGAUUGAUGCCUCGCUGGCGAUGCCGGCCACCUAUCAGACCCUUUGCGCACGUGCCCAUUUGGCUCAACAAUGUUGCGGCCUGGCGCGAGAGCAGACGAGGAUCUGCGAGAGGCUGGUCCACGAUCAGCAUCUCCAGCAGCAGGGUUGGGCCGCGGUGGUCGCCAAUCUCGAAGACAUCACGCAUAUGUUUCAAUCACGAGCCGAGCAGUUCCAGCAGGCCUUCGUCCUGUACCUCGCUGAGAGGCAGCAGCACAUGAAGCUUCUUGAUAAUUUCAACGCCGAUCUCGAUACUCUUGCGAAAAUUCCAAUUUUGCCGGCGUUGAGAGCCCAAGCCGAAGGCUUGUUAAGUCCUGACGACCAACCGAGUCAAACCUCCGAAAGCGCGUCGGAGGACAGUGGGGAAGUGCUGAGUUUGCUACGAUGGAUCUCUGCGAAAGACAAUCAGAGCAGCUUGGAACAAGUGGCGGAGCAAUGCUCGCGCGGCUUGGAGCAGUUCGAUGAACGAUUGAUGCAGGCCUUGAAAGCGGAGGUGAACGCGGCCAUCGAUAACGCUAACAAGCAAGAUAUGAAGGAGAUCAAAGGCCUAGGCGAGAGGCUGUUUGCCCUGGAACAGCUGAUGGUGCAGACCAAGAGGCUCGUUCACGAGCAGGGCGAGCUUGCUCAAGGUUUCCUGCAGAAUCAGACUCGUGCGAGCAAUUUGGGCGACGCGAGCGUCCUGCCAGAUCUUUGCAAUUCUCAUCGGCGGCAAUUGCUCGUUAUGUUACAAAAUCACAAUCAGUUGCGCGACAUCCGCCGCCGAUGCACCAAGGCAAAAGAGGAGCUGUCGGUGAAUAUCUAUCAUCGCCUGAAGUGGAUUAUGUACGUAGAGAACAAGAUGGUGGAAGUGGGCAACAAGCUGAUCAUAUAUCACGAGAGCCUGAAGCGGUUGCGACGGCAUCUGGAGGUGCUCCAACAGAUUCACUUGGCACCGCAGAUGUACAUAAGUGCGGUGGUCGAGGUUGUUAGAAGGCGCACCUUCUCGCGGGCUUUUCUCGUAUGGGCGAGCAACCUAGCAUGCCAGCUCUUGAGCGUUCACAGCGAAGAAUUGGCGCGUAGGCGAGAGUUUCAGAGCAAAUUUGACGGCCACUUCUUGAACACCCUCUUUCCAGGUCUGGAGGACACGCCACCGCCAUUUGCAACGCAGGCACCUUCCGUUUUUGACAACGGGUUGCCCGAUUUAACCACGGACGAUAUGGAGUCAUUGAGGUCGCAGCUUCCGGACUUGGCACUUACGAUUUCUACGCCGGAUUUGAAUAGCAUCACGCAAUUUUUCUUAGUCAAGAGCUUUACUGAAGGCAGCACCGAUGGAAAUAAAGAUAAGGACACCACAUCGGUCAGCACCGAUAUUCCCACGAAGGAACAAGAGCGCACUAGAGCACCGUUAUUAUCUGACAGAGGCGACUUUGAAUCUGAAACCGAUACAGAGGAAUUCGAGAAGAUCGGUCAAGCCGGUGUGGACGUAACCAAGCCCGGCGCGUUUGACGGGACGAAACAGAAACGGCAAAAGCAAUUGGAGGUUGGUGCCUCUCGAAGCGUGUCCCCCGCUUCCUCGACCUCAACUAACGUCUCCCCACUAAACUCGAAAGUCGCGGACUUAACGACGCGUUCAUCCACGUCAAGCGACCCCGGCUCUUUCCAAUUUCCCAGUUUGUCCGCCAUGAGCGAACGCCCGGCGCAGCUGAGUCCGCUGACCGAGUGCGUGGAGAACGGCACCGCCGAUUCCUCCAGUUGCUUACUUCGCAGCGGCCUCUCGAACUACCGUGACGCCCUGCCGCUUGAGGAGCAACAUUCCCUAAGUCCAAAUCCCCCUUCCCUGCCACGGUCCUCCGUCAUGUGCGACGGCCAGCAUCAGCAACACCAGCAUUCGCUGUCCGGUAGCGGUGGUAGCAGUCCCUCCGUCGGCGUGGGUGCUACCGACUUCAUGGGUACCGAGUUUUACAUGGACGAAUCCCUGCCAAGCAGCCUCAGUGAGCAUCCCGCCGACGGCCAGCAUCAGGCUAUCGUGUCCCUCCUUCAGGAGAAUCUUGGUAACACACGUGAGGAAGUAGAAAGGUUGCGAUCUAUCUUGAAGACCAUGAAAACGGUCGUAUGCGAGGAGCUUAGUUCCGUGCGAAAUGAAUUAGCGAUUCUGCGAGAUGAAUCUAACAAGGACAAAAGUGGCAUUGUCGAGAUGACAGAGCGCGUACGAGUGGCGUUGACCUUGCAAUCGCGCGAAUAUGACCGGCGUCUUCAAGAGCGCGAGCAAGAACUGACGAUCGAGCACGAGUAUAAGAUAACGGACGUUAAAAGGCUGAUGCAGAUAAGUGAAGAAGAGAUCUGUACACUCAAGCGUAAUCUCCUAGAAAAGGAGACCGAACUGGCGGAACACGAGCGACUGAUGGCCACGAUGCGUCAAAAAUUGGAGGACGAACAGAUCCAGAGUAGGAGCUUGCAGACUCGACUACAUCAACAGCUCGAGGAGUACUCGUUAAUACUGAAACAAGAGCGCCUCGAGAGGGAGGAGGAAGUAAAAAAGACAAAUGACGAGAGAUUCCUCGAGAUCACUUCUUUAACGAAUUCAUUGACGCAAUGCCAGAAGCGAAUUCAAGAACUGGAGGAGAAUCUGGUCACUGCGCGUAACGACCAAGAAAGAAUAGUGAAAGAAUCGACCGAUAAGUUGCAGAUGGAAUAUAAGGCGGAGUUAGAAACUAUUCGGAGCCGUUACAAACUCAUGACCGCUUCUACCAUGGAAAGGAGUCCCAGCGAUUCUAGUUUAGAGAAGAUUGAACGACCAGACGUUAUCGAGCUUGUGAAUCAUGAGGCAAUUUUGGCACAAGCUAGAGAAGACAUGAAAAUUGAGAACGCUAUGGCGAUUCGUACUGCUAUCGAAAAGGAAAGGUCAGAUUGCAUGGCGAAAUUAGAUAAUGAAUUGAGAUUGGCAAAGGAAGUAGUUGAAGAAAAAAAUCGAGAAAUUGAAAUGUACAGAAUGAGAACGACUGCGCUGAUGGAGCAGGGCAAGCAUUAUAAGAAUAUGAUAGAUCGAUUAAUUGAAGAAUUUGAACUGAAAGCAGAGGUGCAACAAACUUUGAUGGAAAAGAUGAAAAAUCUUGAAGCGGACAAGGCAUGGUUGAAGAGCAAGGAAACAGCAGAGAAGCGAACAAUUUUGGAUCAGAGUGAAGAUGUCGCAUAUUCUCUAGAAGCUGGAGUAUGCAAGGACUUGAGCUACGAUCGAUUGGAUGCCGGUCAAAUUGAUCUGGAAGACUUCAAGGAAAGUGAAAAAUAUGAGGUUGAGGUCUCGGAAUCGAAAAAAGUACGAUUGGAGGCUGAUGAUGAUGAUCUGGCUCGGCUAUCGAGGCGACUUGAAUCUCUCGAGAAUGACAACAAGAGGCUGUCCUGCGAGCUGAAUUCGAUACGCGCGUGCAAAGUGGCAGCUGAGGCGAAAGUGGAGGCAUUAAUGACGGACAAGAUCCGUUUAGAGAUCGAGUUGCUGAAGGAGAGAACCAAGAGGACCUUUGGUAUUGACCCGAUACUCUCGGAGAAUCGCGACAAGGACAUGAAUGCGUCGGUCGCGGUGGUUUCGGAUUCCAAUUCGAGUCGGGAUGCGGCCACGAGUCCAGAGCCGAGUCGACGAUCAUCUUCCAAAUCGAUAUGCUUCCACCCUUCUCUUCCCUCGUAUAUACACAAGAAGGUCGCGGAGAAAGUGGCGAAAAUGGUGCAGCAGGGAAUUGUCACCGUUACUAGUUGCAAUCCGGGUGAUGUGGUGCUCGUAGUCUGGGACGGUAUACACGGCAAUUAUGCGGUGUACCAGGAAUCUUCGACUCUUUAUUUUCUUCAUUCGGACUACGUAGACGCACUGGACGUAGGGAUGAAUCCAAGCUCCCGGAAGUGUGUUCUCGCGGAAGUGAUUGACAAGGAAUAUUGUCACGCGAGAAAGCAUGAAAACCGGUAUCAUGUCCCACGUGGCACGAAAUUCUACAGAGUGCGCGCUAAGCCGCGGGAUGCCCGCGCACUGACAGAUGAAAUAGAUUCAAUGUCGAAGAGUCAACUAUCGUAAUUUUACGGUACAGACUGUGUCGAGAAUCCCUUGAUUCUUGCCUAGUAAAAGCUCUGUGAUCGAGGGUUUGCGUCGGCAGGCCGCGUUCGUUAGGGGACCAGCGACCCGGAACGCAAAUCCCGAACCUACGUCUCCGCAACCAUCCGGAAACCUCGGAUCUAGGCCAAAACCUGCCAGAGCCUCUGGACGCAUCCUUGAUAUCGAUGAACGCUGGGAGGGGGUGAAUCAUGGAAAGAGGUAUGCGCAAGUUGGGUAUAACAUGAAAUGAGACGGAAGGAUGCGCCGGCGUUUUAUUGUGAUAUAAGUAAUUUUUAAAACGAGUGAAACAUAUUUGCCGAAUGCUGUGGUUAGCUGUGAAGCGUAACGAUAUUUGUAUUCUUUGACUUUCUUUUUUUCAUAAACGAAAAAAAAAAGGGAUGUGAGUGUCGUCGACGAUUCU